AUGCCUCGUCGAAGACCUCCAGCACUGAGUCUCGGCAAUGCUCUCAUUUGCAUCUUUGUAUGGCUGCCCUUGAUAGCCACUGCUCAGCAGCAGCAGUCCGCCGACAAUGCCAACAACAACAUCCGCAAACGCCCUUCCCUCGGUAAUGCGCGCUCUCCGCCAGAACUGAGAUCCACCCACAAACACCUGAAAGACACCGCAAUCGACCCUUCAAUUGAGCGCGCCCUUGCGACUUUUGCUCCAGCCGAGUCUAACCCGGCCGUCAGAGCACCUCCUGCACGAUCAUCGGCCUCGUCCGGUGGUCUUUCUUCGCGACACCCGGCGCGGUCUCUGCAGGAUUGGCAAGUCGAGGAUAUCAUUCUCCUGGCGACCGUUGAUGGAAAAUUACACGCAAGAGACCGUAGAACAGGCGCUCCCAGAUGGGAGAUCGAGGCUGACAAGCCCAUGAUCGAGACUGUUUACCACCACAACGACUCGGAUCCAGAGGCCCAGCCUGAGACCAGCCUCAUCUGGAUCGUCGAGCCUUCUCAGGAUGGAAGCCUUUACGUCUAUUCUUCUGAACCACAGACUGGCAUGCAGAAACUCGGCUUGUCCGUCAAGCAGCUCGUCGAAGAACUGUCUCCAUACGCUGGUGAAGAUCCACCCGUAGUCUACACCGCCGACAAGAAAAACACCUUAUACACUGUCGACGCGUCCAAUGGGAGGAUUCUCAAGAUGUUCAGCUCCGGCGCGUCGACUUUCUCCAACGAUCAGAACUGCCGCCGUGUCGAUGGUCUGGGAUCACUCGAAGACAACGAAUGCGAGACGAUUGGCACUCUUACCUUGGGCAGAACAGAAUAUACCGUCUCCAUUGCCGAUAAACUGACCGGAAACCCUAUCUGCACCAUCCGCUACUUCGAGUGGGGACCCAACAAUCGCGACAAAGACCUACACAAUCAGUACGCCUCGACCAUGGACAGCAAGUACAUAUACACUCAACACGAUGGUAGCGUGGUCGCCGUUGACUACAGAGAGACCAACCGUUUUGGUAACUCUAUUCUGUACAAGCAGAAGUUCUCAUCUCCGGUUGCUCGCGUUUAUGAUGUCGUCAGACCACUUGAUGAAGAAAUCCUAGAUGCUUCGCUUGUUAUUCUGCCACAGCCUAUUGGUCCGGCUGGAGAUGACACCAUCGAGCAAGACAAGAUCUUUGUCAACUGUACCGAGGCCGGCAGUUGGUAUGCCAUGUCAGAGCUCAGAUAUCCCACUGUCACCGACGGCGCCUCUAACGCCGUAUGCUACACUCAAGGAUACGCUCUUCCCGUAGGCACUUUCAACCCAGCCAAGCAGAGAGCAAACUUGGUUGGCAUACACCCUCUUCAUCCGAUGAGUCAGGAACAGAACGAGAUUCUCACCAUUGGUGGACCCGACCAAUCACUUAUUGGCUCACCAAAUGCCUAUAACACCGACAACGCUCAAGUCAUGCUACCCAACACAUCAAAUCCUUGGGCUGGUAUCUCUUCAUCGGGUAUCGUGGGCUUGCUUGCUUUGGUUGGACUAUUCGCCAUUGCGCCUAUCUCUGUCACUUCUGAGACCAGCGAGGUUGCCUCUAGCAAGGAUGAUGGCUCUACUCCAAGCGAGCCUGUCGAUCGCAAGGUCCGCUUCCCUGAGCCUGCAGAGGAGACCAUCUUCCCACAAGGAGAACAAGAGAAGGCAAAGGAAAUGAUACCUUCCCCAGAAGCGCCAGUCGAGGUCAAGGUCGAUUCACCUACCCGUGCUUCGACACCAUCUCCAGCAGAAGCAGACAAACCCGUUGAAGAACAAACGCCUGUCAAGCCGAAGAAGAAGGCCACUCGUGGAGUUAGAGGAGGCAGAAAAGCGAAGGAGAAGAAGGAACAACUCGAAGCCCAACAGCGUCGUCGUGCGAACAGCCAGAGCAACAGUGACAAGGAAAGCAAUGGUGCCCUCGCCACACCUGUUCCAAAGCCUCUUUCCAAGAUUGAUGGUAUGGAUGUCAUCAGUGUCGACGCAUCAGAGAGCCCCAAUGUUUCUGGCAAAAUCCAGAUCAACAACCUCACCAUUGACACGGAUCGCAUCAUUGGACAUGGAAGUGCCGGAACUUGUGUGUUUGAAGGCAAGUUCGAAGGUCGUGCCGUCGCAGUCAAGCGUAUGCUUUCCCAGUACUACGAAUUGGCAUCGCAGGAAGUCUCGUUCCUUCAGCAAAGCGACCAUGACAAGAACGUCAUUCGUUAUUACUGUCAACAGAAGGACCAGCACUUCCUGUACAUUGCCGUCGAACUCUGCCAAGCAAGUUUGUGGGAUCUCUUCAACCUUCCGGAUGUUCGCGAUGAAGCUCGCUAUCAGCAACUUCAGUCCCUGGCUUCAGCUGUACAACGCGAUGUUCGUGGCACACUUUAUCAGCUUACGAAAGGACUGUAUCAUCUCCACGAUCUUCGCAUUAUUCAUCGCGAUAUCAAGCCUCAGAACAUCCUCAUUGCCUUCCCCAAACCGAACAAGCCCAAUGAACUUCGUCUGGUCAUCUCAGACUUUGGCUUGUGUAAAACCCUUCCCGAGAACGUCAGUACUUUGAUCGACCCUACGAGCAAUGCCGGUACCUGCGGAUGGAAGGCUCCAGAGCUUAUUUCGCAACCCAAGGACACUGCUUCCAACAACGGUCACAGCAACAUGUCGCAUCCUGGCACGAGCGAGAGCUCUUCUGGUGGAACUAUGGGAGGCGUCAAGCGAGCAGCAGAUAUUUUCUCUCUAGGAUGUCUAUUCUUCUGGGUCUUGACUGGAGGUGACCACCCUUACGAUGACAAGGAAGGCUGGAUGCAGAUGCGUGAACUCAACAUCAAAAAGAACAAUCUUCAGAACAUGCACAAGCUCGACCUGGGCUCCGACAGCGAAGAGCCUCGCCAACUGAUCACCGCAAUGCUGGCCCACAAUCCCGAAGACCGCCCAUCAGCCCAACAAGUUCUAUGCCACCCCUUCUUCUGGUCCCCCAAGAAACGCCUCGACUUCCUCUGCGACGUGUCCGACCACUUCGAGCACGAACCCCGCGACCCACCCUCACCCCACCUCUGCUACCUCGAAUCCUACUCGGACAUGGUGAUUUCCAGCACAAAAGACAAAGACUGGCAACGCAAACUCGACCGCGCCUUCCUCGACACGCUCGGCAAACAACGCAAAUACAACGGCACCAAAAUGCUGGAUUUGCUGCGCGCAUUACGAAACAAGAAAAAUCACUACGAGGAUAUGAGUGCAGAUGUCAAGAAGAGGGUGGGCAGUUUGCCAGAGGGCUAUUUACAAUACUGGACGACGAGGUUUCCGACACUGCUUAUGGCUUGUUUUUGGGCGGUCAAGGAUUGUAGAGUCGAAGGGAAUGCGAGAUUUAGGGCGUAUUAUAGUAUCGAGAGUCAGGAGUGA